CUCUUGGUCCCCACGUCUGCCCCUCGCUCCGUUCAAGUACAGCUACCUGCCCGACCAUCUUUUUCACUCAGCGUCAAUGUCGGGCUUUGACGCAGACAGGAUCUAUUCCAUUGCCGUGCACGAUGCACCUGACCCUGUCGCACCUGAAAAGCCUUCGGAGACCGAGAGGCUCUUUCUCGAGUUUUUGCUUCAGUAUCGUGUCGGUAGCGAAUUCAUCUACAGAGACAACCUGCGCGCGAAUCUGUUGUUGAAGCAACACCAGCUAGAAGUUGAUUUGCGACAUGUUGGCCUAUUCAAUGACGAGCUUGCGCAUGCUAUCCAGGAGAGACCAGCGGAGAUUCUUCCAUUAUUCGAGACUGCUGCGACCAAGGCAGCACGCAUGAUCCUAUUCCCAUUGGCUGGCGGAUCGGAUAACGCUGCCGAAGCCGCAACCCAAUCCAUCCCUAACAUUCAAAUUCUCAUCAAGUCUGGCAUGAACCUUCAACAAUUUCGCGAUCUGUCUGCGAAUACCAUGAACAAGCUUGUCCGCAUCCCUGGUAUCGUGAUCGCCGCCUCUGUUCUCUCAUCCAGAGCCACGAAGCUUCAUCUUCAGUGUCGUGCAUGUCGCUCAACGAGAAUAAUCAACCCGCCUGGGGGCCUGGGAGGUCUCGGCGGGGGAUCGGAUAGGGGCUUACCCCGUAUUUGUGACGCACCGGAGCAAGAAGGACAGAGGAAAGACUGCCCCAUGGACCCAUAUCUUAUCAUUCACUCCAAGUCCGCAUUCACAGACCACCAAACGUUGAAGCUCCAAGAGGCACCGGACAUGGUGCCCGUCGGAGAGCUACCAAGGCACAUGAUUUUGUCCGCCGACCGAUAUCUGACGGGACAGGUUGUCCCCGGUUCACGAGUUAUUGCCACUGGCAUUUAUUCGACUUUUCAGUCGUCAAAGAAUGUGAGUGCUAGUGCAGCAGCCCUUCGAACACCAUACCUUCGUCUCGUCCACCUUGAGGUGUCUACACCAUCUGCGGGCGGGACAGGUGCCCUCAAUCCAUUCGGUGUGCAGUUCACGCCAGAGGAGGAGGAAGAGUUCGGCGAGAUGGCGCGAAGCGAGGGCUUCUAUGAACGUUUUGCGAAGAGCGUCGCACCAAGUAUCUUUGGCAGUCUGGACAUAAAGAAGGCAAUCACUUGCUUGCUGUUCGGUGGAUCGAAGAAGGUGCUGCCGGACGGUAUGCGGCUACGAGGUGAUAUCAAUGUUCUCCUUCUCGGUGAUCCAGGUACUGCCAAGUCACAGCUUUUGAAGUUCGUGGAGAAGGUCGCGCCUAUAGCGGUUUACACUUCAGGCAAGGGUUCUAGUGCAGCGGGUCUGACAGCCUCGGUUCAGCGCGACUCUGUCUCGCGUGAGUUCUACCUUGAGGGUGGUGCUAUGGUUCUUGCCGACACCGGUGUCGUUUGCAUCGAUGAGUUCGACAAGAUGAGAGACGAGGACCGUGUCGCAAUCCACGAGGCCAUGGAGCAGCAAACCAUCUCGAUCGCGAAGGCCGGUAUCACAACGGUUCUCAACUCGCGCACGAGUGUUCUUGCGGCGGCGAAUCCGGUCUGGGGUCGCUACGACGAGGGGCGAAGUCCGGGCGAGAACAUUGAUUUCCAGACUACGAUCCUAUCUCGGUUCGACAUGAUCUUCAUUGUAAAAGAUGAACACAAUGAACAGCGCGACCGGAUGAUCGCGAAGCACGUGAUGAAUAUUCAUAUGAACCGACCGAACCAGAGUGCCGAUGAGAAUGGCGACGCCGUGGGCGAGAUCGACAUCGACAAGAUGAAGCGCUAUAUCUCCUACUGCAAAGCUAAAUGUGCUCCGCGGCUGUCCGCUGAGGCCCAGGAGAUGCUGAGCAGCCAUUUCGUGUCUCUGCGCAAGCAGGUACAACAAGUCGAGCGAGACAAUGACGAGAGAAGUUCGAUCCCAAUCACGAUUCGUCAACUCGAAGCCAUCAUCCGCAUCUCUGAAUCUCUUGCCAAGCUUACCCUGUCCCCGGUAGUGCAGAACCACCACGUCGAAGAGGCUAUUCGCCUGUUCAAAUUUUCAACUAUGAAUGCCGUCGCUGCUGGCUCUGCAGAUGGGCUCUCGCGAGGUGAGCUCAACGAAGAGAUGCAGACCCUCGAGAAGGAGAUCAUAGAUCGGUUACCCAUGGGCUGGAGUACAAGCUAUCAAGCCCUCGUCAAGGAGUUUACAACCAACAAAGGAUUUUCUUUGCAUGCCCUUGAGCGUACAUUAUACGUCAUGGAAAAGCGGGAGCUCCUUAGAUUCUCAGGACAUAAAAAAGUUGUACAUCGUAUCGGCGUUUGACUUUAGUGGCUUUCAAUCUCCCUUCGUUGCUACUGUCGAUAGAUAUAUCUGCUUUCCGAUUACAUAUGUUGUACUCAUGGUCUAUACUACCCUCGUUCUCAUACGCUUAGAAGUGUUUGCGGUGAUGAGCUGAACAUAU